UGUCUGCGCGCUUUUUGGUGGGGAUCCGCGAACUUUUCAGCCGCGAAAUAAACGAAUUCGAAGGAUUAGUUUCGAAAGCGCGCUUACGAAGUUUUGGUGUGGUGCGGUACUGUGGUUUUCCAUUUUCUCGCCAUAUUUAUUUACAUACUAAAAAUACUAAAUCAUCAUGGGUGGUAUGACUCAAAGGCCGUGGACUCCAACCAAGAGGCGUGGGCCGAUCGCUGCUGAAUACAAUAGUCCAGGACCAGCGUGUGUUUCUUUACCAUCUUAUAUUGGUAAGAAGCCGUUAGAAGCAAAAACCGGCAGUGCUCCGGCCUUUACUUUUGGAGCUAAGGCUAAUAAUAAAUUGGAAAGCGUUGGGCCAGGUCCUGGACAGUACAACGUAACUGGCUUAAGUGCAAAGGGAAAAGAUAAUCCACCGGCCCUAAGCCUUCAUAGUAGACCAAAGGAACCAAAGCCAGAGAACUUCCCUGCUCCUGGUGAUUACAAUCCCGAUAAGGCUGAAAAAGUGAUUCAUGACAAUUCCCCUAAAUAUACCUUUGGUCUUAAGACUAAUGUUGGGAAACCUACUGAUACUCCAGCUCCUAACGCUUAUAAACCGUUUGUGCGCACUGGUAGCCACAGGUACUCGUUUGGACGAAGAACACCAAUUUGUAGGGUAUCUGAUACACCUGCACCAAAUGUAUAUAACGUUGAAAAAGCUGAUUCGGUUCUCGAGCAUACUCCAAAAUAUAGUUUCGGGGCUAAACUAAAUGCGGCAAAACCUAUGGAAACUCCUGGCCCAAAUGUAUAUAACAUCGAAAAAGCUGACUCUAUUAUGCUCGAUCAUACACCCAAAUAUAGCUUUGGGGCAAAACUAAAUACGGAGAAACCCAUUGAUACUCCCGGACCUAAUGUAUAUAACGUUCAGAAGGCCGAUUCUCUUCUGCUUGAACAUACACCAAAAUACAGUUUUGGAGCUAAACUUAAUACGGAGAAACCUGCCGAUACCCCCGGUCCCAAUGUAUAUAACGUUCAAAAAGCUGAUUCAGUUCUCCUUGAGCAUACCCCAAAGUAUAGUUUUGGUGCGAAAUUGAAUACAGAGAAACCAGCUGACACUCCUGCGCCCAACGUAUACAACAUUCCCUCUGUGGUGGGAGACAAAAAAGGAUCUCCAGCAUAUACGAUAUCUGGUAGAAACAAAGAUCCUGUAGAUGAAAGAGUAAAGAAUCCAGGACCGGGACAGUAUAAUAACGUAGACCCUGAGCACUACAAAACUCACUCGCCCGCUUACACCAUCAGCGGUAGAACAAACAUUCCCAAAGAUGAUACUAUCCCUGGACCCGGAGUAUAUUCUCCAGAAAAGGUUGUGCUAGAAUAUCCGCCAGCACAUAGUUUUGGAAUUAGACACUCUCCUUAUGCCGACCACUACUGAAAACUUGUCGAACUUUAAAUACGAUCCGACUGCCGUCUUUUGCCAUCUCUAUUAAUUGUAGACGCAGAUUUUUUUUUUCUUUUAUAAGUUGGUACAUUGUAAAAAAACAUGUUUUAAGCAUUAAAUAACGCGUAAUGUAUAGAUAUAGUAACCCGUACAUUGCUUCUAACAAGCUGUUCAGUUUGCCUAGUUGAAACUUUUGAUUCAAUAAAAAUAUUAUUACGAUUAUUAUUUAAAAAAAAUCAAGUUCCUGUGGGGCUUUAAUCAACAGUUGCUUUGUAAUAUUAAAAUAUGCCUGUGUUUAUUCAAUGUUAAUAUUUUUCUUACAUAUUAAUAAUUUAUAUAUAUUUCUAUACCAUUGUUUUAAUGUUUGGUUUAAAUAAAUUGUGUAAAACAUAA